AUGUCUGCCGUCACCAACACACACAAAAUUAAUGGAAAUUUGUUUGUGAGUGCAAACGCUGCAACAACAACGACAACGGCAUCAUCCAGCAAAACGUUUCUGCAUACUAACCCCCACCCAUCGAGUCAUCAGCACCACCAACACCACAGCAAUCAACUGCAACCUUCUCCCAAUAGCCUACAGCAGCAGCAACAACAGCAACAGCACAGCACAAAUUUAAAGUCAUCAUCAGCAAUCGGUCUAAGCAAAUUGCAGGCUCCGCAACAACAUCAAAGGCGCUCCUUUAUUCCCUCAGCAACAUUGCAGCAACAACAUCAACAUAUAACGGUUGCAACGUCUGGCGCGGUCACCCAACCACCCCAAGCGAAUCAAUUACAAACAGUAGCGACAAUACAUCAGCCAUCCACACCAGGCCAACAACUGCACACCGUUCAGUCGGCGUCAUCGUCGUUAGCGGCCGUGGCUGCCACACAAACUCCAACAACUUCAGCGACGGCGGCGAUAACAACAGCUCCUAGUGGCGCCAACACCGAUCAAUUGACGAAUCCUCCCAACCGGCGAAGUUUUUAUCAUUUGCAAUCUCUUAAAUCGGCUACAAAUCUAAAGGCUCCGGCUCAUUCCAUACCGCCGCGUUAUCAGCCACCACCACAGCCGGCCAACACCACCAACAACAGCCAGCAGCAGCAACAUCCACAACACACGACCGGCAUUCUGAAGAAUUUGAAUUCGCAACGAUUAACAAACGGCACCAAGACCAGUCAGGGCACAACCAACGGUUACACAUCAUAUUUUGCGGAGAGUCAGAGCAACGGUCAUUUGGGCAACCUAAAAUAUCCCCCGGAUAUACCACAACUGUCCAGCGUUUACAUACCCGACUCCUUGAAAAACGGCUCCGCCAGCAAUUCGCGCUAUUUGCAACAGAAACACCAACAACAAACGAAUCAAUCACAACUGCAACAGAGAUUGCGGAGUGUUAAUCAAGCAACGGCUAUAGCAGCGAACGGCAUUGCUCAUAACACCAACACCAAUAGCAACGGCAACAACAACCACCACAGCAAUCAUACCAACAACGUCUUAAACGGCCAUCAAUCGUCACUGACGGAUAACCAGCUGCAACAACAACAACAGGAUAUGUUAAAGUUUGUACGCAAAUCUGAUCAAGAUCAUCCUUCACCAAAUGCAUCGGUCACAUCCAGUGGUACAGGUGGUAUAACGUCGACGGCGGGACGUCUAACAGCCGAGCAGAAUCGUCAGCUACAGUCAUUGAUCAACGAAUUGCGCGCCCUAAAAGAACAAAAUCAACGGCUUAUGGACGAUAAUCAGGAGCUGCGAGAUCUGUGCUGUUUCUUGGACGACGAUCGACAGAAAGGUCGAAAGCUGGCACGAGAAUGGCAGCGAUUUGGUCGUUAUACAGCAAGUGUUAUGCGACAAGAGGUGGCAGCGUAUCAGAAUAAACUACGUCAACUGGACGAUAAACAACAAGAACUCAUAACUGACAAUUUGGAACUUAAGGAACUCUGCCUUUAUUUGGACGAAGAGAGGGCUCACAUUGCUGCCAAUUCGUUGUGUGUGAAUUGUGGUGCCUCGACCCGUAACACGCUAAGAGAUGACGGCGAUGGUUCAAGUUCAAGUACAAAUGCUGAUGAAAAUAUAACUGCACUGCGAAACUACGAGAGGCAAUUACCGGAUCUGCAUUUACGUUCAACACUGCAAGACCAAACACUGCAAUAUGUGCGAUCUUUGGAACGACGCAUUCAACAAUUGGAGGAGGAACGUUUGACCAAUAAUACCAAUACGGCAACAACAGCAGCAGCCAGCCUGGCAAGCCAACAACAGCAACAACAUCGAUCGUCGUCACAACAGCUAGCGACGCUGCAGCAGCAACAACAGCCGCAGCAACUGCAUCAGCCAACAAAUGUCACAACAACAGCCGUAACAAAUCACCAAAACCAAAAAAUAGCAACACAAACAUCGACAUCGUCGUCGCCAUCUGCAUUAAAUGAUGGCUUAGUUGAUCCCAUAUCUGGUCGGCCAGAAGCUGUUGUACGAGCUCUACAAGUUUUAGAAGUCAGAGAACAACUAGAACGCGAUAGAUUGGGGCAUCUAACCGGCAAUGCCAUCGAUCAAAUGGAUGACGGUGAAAAGGCAUUGGUACGCGAGAUGUGUAAUGUUGUUUGGCGCAAACUGGAAGCCAGUCCAAAUGGUCCGACGACACUGGAGCCACUAUAGAAGCUUGUAAAUUCAAUCAAACACACAUCGAUGGAC